AUGUUUGUCCCCAGGAUAUUGUCCUUAUUUAUAACUGCUACCUUCUUCGCUUCCCCGGCUCUCUCAGCUUCUUCACAAACUUACAAUUGGAAAAAUGUCAAAAUUGGCGGCGGUGGUGGUUUUGUCCCCGGUAUUGUCUUCAACCCAUCUGAAAAAGGAUUAGCCUAUGCUCGAACCGACAUUGGAGGGGCGUAUAAGCUCAAUUCCGAUGAUACUUGGACCCCUUUGUUGGACUUUGUUGACGACGCAAGAUGGAACUAUUGGGGUGUUGAUGCCCUGGCUACAGAUCCCGUCGAGACCAAUCGUCUUUAUCUGGCGACCGGGAUGUACACCAACUCCUGGGAUCCUAACAAUGGCCAAAUACUAAUAUCGACUGAUUAUGGCUCAACUUUCACUGCGUCUAAUCUCUCAUUCAAAGUCGGGGGAAAUAUGCCCGGUCGCGGAAUGGGAGAGCGCCUUGUUGUUGAUCCAAACAAUAAUGCUAUUCUUCUUCCCAGUGCAGGAACAUAUAUCCCCGACCCCUCCGACACUACUGGCUACAACGCAGAUAUAAUAGGUAUUUCCUGGGUUACCUUCGAUUCGACAUCAGGAUCUUCUGGUUCCGCUACUCCGCGGAUCUUUGUCGGUGUGGCGAAUCAAGGUUCCAACAAUAUUUUUGUCUCUGAAAAUGGCGGAAGUACCUGGUCUGCCGUGGCCGGACAAAACAAUACCUAUAUUCCUCACAAGGGCGUCCUCUCACCUGACGAGCAUGUCCUUUACAUAAGCUAUAGCAAUGGAGCAGGCCCAUACGAUGGUACUCUUGGGAGCGUUUACAAGUACAAUAUCUCCUCCUCUACUUGGACGGAUAUUACGCCUGUCUCAGGGUCAGAUUUGUAUUUCGGAUUUGGUGGUCUUGAUGUCGACCUUCAGAAACCUGGUACCCUUAUGGUCGCUGCGCUGAAUUCGUGGUGGCCCGACGGUCAGAUUUACCGGUCAACGGAUAGUGGCGCAACCUGGUCCCCUUUCUGGGCGUGGAAUGGAUAUCCCAACAUUAACAAAUACUAUACCUAUUCCGACAGUCUUGCACCAUGGCUUGGGCCUAAUUAUGUAGAUACGGUUCUCGGUGACAAGCAGAUUGGAUGGAUGAUGGAAGCUCUCAGCAUCGACCCAUUCGAUUCUAAUCAUUUCCUGUACGGUACUGGCGCGACCAUAUAUGGUAGCCACGAUUUGACCAAAUGGGACACUACCCACAAUAUUACUCUCCAGUCAUUAGCAGAUGGUCUCGAAGAGACAUCCGUUCAAGCACUGAUUUCUCCACCGAGUGGUCCUCACUUACUGUCCGCCCUUGGGGAUAUUGAAGGUUUCGUUCACAACGACUUGAAUGUAGCACCGAGCAACUAUUACACAAAUCCAACAUGGAGCACAUCCGCUGAUAUUGAUUAUGCCGGUAACAAGCCCACGAACAUUGUUCGCAUCGGCACCGGAGACAGUACUACAGGCAAGCAGGUUGCCAUAUCGACUGAUUCUGGCGCCACCUGGUCUCAGGAUUACGGUGCCGCCGACAAUGUGUCAGGCGGCAAAGUAGCAUUUUCUGCGGACGGUGAUACCGUUCUCUGGCGCACCGGUUCGAACGGUGUCCAAGUUUCCCAGUAUACCAACAGUUUCACCACAGUGUCUUCUCUUCCGUCGACCGCUGCGAUAGCGUCGGAUAAGUUGAACAACUCCAUAUUCUACGGAGCUGCUUCUUCAUCUUUCUACUUAUCAACUGACGGCGGCAAGACUUUUACGGCGAAGGGUUCUCUUGGCUCCUCUACGUCUCCGGUAAAGAUUGUUGUCAACCCUAAUGUUACCGGCGAUGUGUGGGUCUCCACCGACAAGGGACUAUUCCAUUCCACUGAUCUGGGAUCAUCAUUUUCUGCAAUCUCCGGUAUAUCACAAGCAUGGUCAAUUGCUUUGGGCGCUCCAGCUACUAGUGGUGACUAUCCUGCUGUGUUCGCUGCUGCGAACUACGGAGGAGUUGGGUAUUUCAGAUCCGACGAUGCCGGCGUGAGUUGGGUAAAAAUCAACGAUGCUAGUCAUGGGUUUGCUUCUGCGUCAGGGAAUUGUCUUGCAGCUGAUCCUCGUAUCUACGGACGGGUGUACAUCGGCACUAAUGGUCGGGGCAUAUUCUAUGGAGAUAUAUCCGGCUCUGUGACCACGUCUGUUUCAACAUCAACAACUACCACAAAAGCGUCUACAACGACGAGUGCAACUACCACAAGAGUAGGUACCACAACGACAACUACAGCAUCAGCCAGUACUCCAACGACGACAUCGCUUUCUGGAGCUUACGGACAAUGCGGGGGUAAGAAUGGAUGA